AUGGCUUCCCGAAUCAAUGGACGUGCGGAUGACCCCAGCGUUAUAGUCGGCCUUGCCUGCCGUGUACCUGGAGCCAACACUCCCAGCAAGCUCUGGCAGAGCAUCGCGGAACAGCGUGAUGUUCAGCAGAAGAUGCCCGAGGAUCGGCUGAAGGUGGAUAGUUUUUUCCACCCAGAGCCCACCCAUAAGGGCACAACUAAUGCCCGUUUCGGGUACUUUCUCGACCAAGAUAUCGGAAACUUUGAUGCGGGUUUCUUUGGUAUUUCCGGAAAGGAGGCCGAGGCCAUGGACCCCCAGCAGCGUUUGCUUCUCGAAGUAGUCUAUGAAGCCCUCGAGAAUGCUGGAAUCACCCUUCAGGAGAUUCGAGGCUCAUUGACAUCUGUAUUUUGCGGAAGUUUUACCAAUGACUAUAAUGCCAUGUUGACCAAGGAUUUGGAAUACUAUCCAAAGUACACUGUAACUGGUACCGGUGACGCUAUCCUAUCCAACCGGAUUUCCUACUUUUACGAUCUCCACGGUACGAGUGUCACCAUUGAUACCGCUUGCUCUUCGUCCCUUGUUUGCUUCCAUCUCGGUAGCCAGACCCUGCAAAAUGGUGAAGCCGACAUCUGCAUAGUUGUUGGAUCCUCGCUGCACUACGAUAGCAACGUGUUUGUCACCAUGACCGACCUUGGUAUGCUUUCCACCAACGGCCGCUGUGCGGCGUUUGAUGCUUCCGGAAGUGGCUACGUCCGAGGUGAAGGCAUCGCCUGCGCUGUUCUCAAGCGCAAGUCUGAUGCCGUCGCCAAUGGUGACAAUAUCCGCGCUGUUGUCCGUGCUACUGGAUCUAACCAUGAUGGUAAGAAGAAUGGCAUCACUCUCCCAAACUCUGUUGCCCAGGAGCAGUUGAUCCGAUCAACAUAUGAGCGAGCUGGCUUGAAUCCCAACCAUACUCAGUAUUUUGAAGCUCAUGGCACUGGCACCGCUGCCGGAGACCCUAUUGAGACCCGGGCCAUCGGUGCUGUCUUUGCCCCCGGCCGUGAUGAGCCAUUAUUUGUCGGUUCUGUCAAGACAAACAUUGGCCAUCUUGAAGGUGCCUCCGGUCUUGCUGGUGUGAUCAAGACCACAAUGGCACUCGAGAAAAACUGUAUCCCCCCGAACAUGCACUUCAAUACGCCAAACCCCAAAAUCGACUUUGAGAAGUGGAAGAUUACUAUCCCAACCAAGCUCGUCGAGUGGAAGGUUCCCGAUGGUGUUCCUCGGCGCGCCAGCAUUAACUCCUUUGGCUACGGUGGUACUAAUGCCCAUGUUAUCUUGGAGGAGUAUAGUAGGGAUGAGAAACUACCUGCUCCUAUUUCUUCUGAGCCCAUUGCCAACGGCGUUCACUCUCGCCCUUAUCUUGUUCCACUUACGUCUCACUCCUCCAAAGCCGGCGAGAUGUCAGAGGAGACUCUCAAGGCCUACCUCAACAACACCGAGGAUGCCACCAUUGCCGACCUUGCCUACAGCUUAUCUACUCGCCGGACAUUGCACCAGCAGCGUUCGUUUGUUGUUGCGAAUGACAAGGCUGGCCUUGUUGAUCAGCUCUCCUCUCCGCGCCCAGCUGCCCCCUGGACCAUUGCUAAGAAUGCAGUUCCCAAGCUCGGCUUCAUCUUCACUGGCCAGGGUGCUCAGUGGUUUGCUAUGGGCAGGCAGCUUAUUGAAGAGUGUCCCCAUUUCCGCCAGAGUCUGCAGCGAUGUGACGCCAUUCUCAAGAGCCUCCCUGACGCCCCUGAGUGGUCCAUUGUUGCCGAACUCAACAAGAACAAGGAGACAACUUUACUAGGAGAGACGUUGUAUUCUCAGACUAUCUGCACCGCUCUCCAGCUUGCCAUCAUUGACCUGAUUGCGUGCUGGGGAAUCAAGCCCUCUGCUGUCGUUGGCCACUCUUCUGGUGAAAUGGGCGCUGCUUAUGCUGCUGGUAUCCUUUCCUUCGAUAGUGCUCUCAUAGCGGCCUACUACCGCGGCCGUUACAUGUCGGCUAGUCGCAGCGAAGGUGUUCCUGGUGGCAUGAUGGCUGUUGGUCUUCCCGAGAAUAAGUGUCUUGAGGAGCUCAAACCUUACGCUGGCCGUCUCACCAUUGCUGCUGUCAACAGCCCGUCCACCAUGACUGUUUCCGGGGAUGAAGACGCUAUCCUUGAGCUCAAGGAAAAGCUCACGGAGAAGAAGGUCUUUGUUCGACAGCUUAUUGUCAAGCAGGCCUUUCACUCUCACCACAUGUUUCCCCUGGCCCCGGCAUAUGAAAAUGCUCUUAAGAACAACCCUGCCUUCAAGACCGAUCCCCCCAAGUGCCGCAUGUUCUCCAGUGUUACUUCUCGCCAGGCUGACCACCAGAAGAUGGGGGCCUCUUAUUGGGCUGCCAACAUGGUUCAAGCCGUGCGAUUCUCUGAUGCCCUGACUGGUAUUCUGCUCGACGAAGAGGAUGAGCAGAAUGUGGAUAUUUUGGUUGAAAUUGGCCCUCAUCCUGCCCUCAAGGGCCCAGCUCGCCAGACUGUCCAGUCUCUCAAGCUGGAUCUUCCUUACAUCGCCUCCCUGACCCGUGGUGUGCCCGAUUUCGAAUGCCUUUUGAACAUGGCCGGCUCUCUUUUCUCUCUCGGCUACCCCGUUGAUAUUGUCGCCGCCAACCAGAAUCUCAGUCAAACCCUGGACGGAGCUUUAGUCUCUACUCCUACCGGUAUCCAGCUCCAUAACCUCCCUACGUAUACUUGGGAGCACCGUCGGUACUGGUCUGAGACUCGCCACAUCAAGGAGCAUCGCCAGCGAGAGUUUCGCCAUGCUACCCUGGGCCAUAGGGUUGCCGGCUCUGUUGUACGACAUCCUCUGUUUCGAAACUAUCUCCGACUCAGCGAGCUACCAUGGCUCAAUGAGCACGUGGUAGAGAACAAGGUCGUCUUUCCUGGUGCCGGCUACAUCAGCAUGGCUAUCGAGGCAGCCAUUCGCACUGACCAAGUCGAGAGCGUGAAGGUUAUUCGUCUCAAGGAUAUUAUCGUAAAGAACGCUCUUUUGAUUCCUUCUACCGAUGAGGGCGUUGAAGUACUUCUUGAACUCAAACCAGUCACUCUGUCCGCCAAGAGCCACUCGGAUACCUGGUACGAGUUCAACGUCUUCUCCUACGACGAAAAUUCGAACUGCACUAGCCACUGUCAUGGUCUCAUCAGCGUUGAAAAGGGUGACGCUGCUCCUGUAGAUUAUACUUGUCGCUAUGCCGAGGGUACGAACCUCAAUGAGCUUCGCAAGAAGACCUAUAGGUCCAUGCCCGCUGCCACAUUCUACAAGAACAUGGCAGAUCUUGGCCUCGCCUAUGGUGAAAAGUUCCGUCUUCUCAAAGGCAGCAUCGAGAGUGGUGUUGGCUUCGCUGUCUCUGACCUCGUUUUCGACCCCAGGCAUCUUCCCUUGGAGGCGGGUGACGAGACGGUUCUGCAACCAACUCUUCUUGACUCCUUCUUCCAUGUCAUCUUCCAUGCUGUUGAGAACCGCCUUGGUCGUCCUCUUGACGAGCCUUAUGUUCCGUCCUUCUUCCGAGCUCUCAAUGUUUCAGGCAACUUCUUCAACUGGAGAUACUCUACCGACGUUAAGAAUUUUCAGGUUGGGUCAUUCACAAAGGUGCCCUCUCCUCGUGUUGCUAUCAACGACAUGAUUAUGCAGAAUGAGAGGGGCGAGCUGAUGAUGGAGCUUGCCGGGCUUGAGGUGAAUUCCCUGGGCCGCGAAGCUCCCGAGGGCCAAGGACCUCGAACACUCUUCUACCGCCAGCGAUGGCAGCCAUUUUUUGAUAUGUUGACCAACGUAAAGGGCAAACCUCUCUCUGAUAUUGUUGACAUGUUUGCUCACCAGUACCCUACCACGAAGAUGUUGCACAUCACCUCCGAUCUGAACAAGACGCGAGACUUCAUCCAGCAUUUGGGAUGUGCGAAAGGAGAGAGAAGAAGAUUCAAGCAGCUAGACAUAUGGUCACUCGAGGGAAAUGAGUUUGGAGAGGAAGCCGAAAGGCUGUCCAAGGAAUGCCGCGGUCUGGUCAGCGUGGUAGAGCCAACUCCCGACUCUUAUGACCUCGUAAUUGUCAGCGAGGCAGGUGUAAAUGCAGUUCCAUUUAUGAAUGACACUGGACGCAUUUUGUUCGACGGACAAAAGGGUGUCGUCACGGCGUACUUGCAAGAGCUCUUCUCCAGCCCCCUUUGUACUGCUGUCCGUAAGGCUGCUGAGCCAUUCACUCUCAACUCUGAGUUGUCUGUGGUCAUGCCAAUCGGCAAGCCUUCUGCACGAACUUCCGUCAUUCUAAAGGAACUCGAGUCUGCUCAUGGGGGUAAGAUCACCUUCACCAGCUUUUCCGAGCUGGCGUCCAAGGGCGCCUCUCUAUUGGCCAAGGAUGUCGUCGUCCUUGCGGGAUUGGAUGAGUCCAUCUCCGACAAAACUGCCUUCAAGGGCGCUCAAGCUCUUCUCAUUUCUCUCGAGAAGAAUGUCGUCUGGCCAACCGAAGGUGCUACUCUCGAAGCCAGCCGCCCAGACAAUGCCAUGUUUAUCGGGCUCGUCCGCGCUGCACGAUCUGAGAAUGACAGUCUUCGCGCGGUAAAUUUCGAUUUCGGUAUUGACUCUCCUGCCCAGACCGUAGCCGCCAAUAUCAUCCGUUUGUUGGACACGAGAAUCACAGAGGAUGAGUUGGCUGAAAGAAACGGCAUCGUACACAUUCCCCGCGUGGAGGCAGAUGACGAGCGUAACUGCAAGCUCAGGAACGGCCCCAACCAAGAACCUCGCCUUGAGCCCUUUGGUACUGCUGAGACUCGUACUCCUCUUGCUCUAAGAAUCGGAAAGAUUGGUCUGCUCGAAACCUUGUACUUUGCUUCGUCCAUCAACUUUCGUGACGUUGCCGCCAGCAUGGGUAUUAUUGAGGAUUUCAAUCUUGGUGACGAAUGUGCUGGCAUCUGCACCAAAGUUGGCGCCAAUGUCAAGGGCUUUGAAGUUGGUGAUAGAGUUGUUGCUCUCCGUCCUGGCCAGGGCGCUCACCGCAGUCUUGUCCGGAAUCCAGCAUCUUGGUGCUACAAGUUACCCGACAACUUGUCUUAUGUCGACGCUGCUGCGAUGCCGCUGAUACUUGGUACUGCUUGGUUUGCUUUAGAUCAUACCGCUCGCCUGGCCAAGGGAGAGUCUGUUCUUAUUCACGCCGCGGCCGGCGGUGUAGGCCAGAUGGCUAUCCAGAUCGCUCAGCGUGCGGGUGCCCAUAUAUACGCUACUGUAGGCUCUCCUGCUAAGAGGCGGCUUCUCAAGGAAAUCUAUGGUCUCAAGGAGGAACAAAUUUUCUCUUCUCGUGAUGUCUCGUUUGCCAAGGGCGUGAUGGAAGCCAGUGGCGGCAAGGGGGUUGAUGUCGUCCUCAACAGUUUGGCAGGUCCUCUUCUGCAUGCCUCUUGGGCCUGUCUUGCUCCUUUUGGGCGAUUUCUCGAGAUAGGGAAGCGAGAUAUUCAUGAGAACAGCAAGAUCGCCAUGGACCCCUUUCGGCGCAAUGUAUUGUUCGCUUCCAUUGACCUUGUGACCAUGUUUGAAAAGAAUGAGGCUCUCGGCGAGAAGCUUUUCAAGGAGUGUUUUGCCCUUCUUGCCAACGGCGAGAUCCGCACGCCCGCUACAAUCAAAGAAGUCCCGUAUUCUGAGGUUGUCAAAGGCUUUCGACUGCUGCAGAUGGGAAAGCACACUGGCAAGAUUGUUCUUGUACCCCAUCCAGAGGACAUGGUCCCGGUUAUGCGUGGCGGAUACCGUGAUGUCAAGCUAUUCAGCUCUUCAAAGACUUAUCUCUUGGUCGGUGGUCUUGGAGGUCUAGGUCGCACUAUUUCUCAGUGGAUGGUCCGUAAGGGAGCCAGCAGACUUGCCUUUUUGUCCCGUUCUGGUGCCGACAAGGCCGAGGCAAAGGCCACCAUUGACUGGCUUAUUGAACGUGGUGUUGACGCUACCGUAUACCGUGGUGGUGUCUCCAAGUUUACCGAUGUCCAGAGUUGUGUUGAACAGAUUGGAUCUUCGCUAGGAGGCAUCUUCCAAGCUGCCAUGGUCUUGCAGGAUAAACCUCUUGAAACCAUGACAUACGAACAAUGGCAGCGUUGCUGCCAGCCCAAGGUUGAGGGAACCAGGAACUUGCACGAAGCAACUCUGGGCAAAAACCUGGACUUCUUUGUCUGUUUUUCCUCGGUCGCGGCUGUUGUUGGCUCCAAGGGCCAGGCCAACUACUCGGCCGCCAAUUGCUACCUUGAUGCCCUCAUGCGACACCGUCGUGAGCUUGGUCUUAGCGGGACUACGAUGAACGUCGGCGCAGUCACUGGUGUUGGCGUUGUUGCUGAGAACGAGGAACUGCAGAAGAUUAUGCUCAGAAUGGGGAUGGACACCAUCAAUGAGGAGGAACUCCUCUACCAGCUCGAAGAAGCUGUGAUUACUGACAAGUCUGUUAACCCCGUCACUGCUCGCGGCUGCAACGGGCACCAAAUCAUCACCGGCGUCGGUCUUAUCUCACCGGAUGUAUACUGGGCUAGUAAGCCAAUGAUGAGGAAUCUCUAUUCUAACCACGAUUUUGGUGCCGAGGGGGCCGGACAGAGCUCCAAGAACCUCCUUGCUCUUCUCAGUGAGGAACCUGAUGUUGAGAAGAAGACUGAUAUCCUUCUUGACCGAUUUUUGGAAAAGAUUGCUAGCGUCCUUGCUACUCCCCGCGAAUCAAUCCUGCCAAACAACCCAUUGUCUGCUUAUGGUCUUGAUUCCAUUGUUGCUGUUGAGUUCCGGAAGUGGUUUCGAAAGGAGAUCCAGGUUGACAUUGCGCUCUUCGACAUAUUGGGCGCUGCCUCUAUCAACGCCCUGGUGUCCAAGACUGCUAGGAUGGUUACCACUGCAUCCGCCAGCAAGCAUACCGCUGGAGACAAGCCUGAGAAGAAGUCUGCUGCGGAGUCUGAAAGCCCCGAGGAGGAUAGCAACAUCUCUGCCAUGGCUACUGGACAGCUCACAAAAUCUCAGCAUAGCGGGCUUGUUCCUCUUUCUACUUUCCAGUCCCGCCUAUGGUUCGUCCACAGUUUUCUAGAGGACAAGUCUUUUCUGAACCUGCCCAUUGUCCUCCGAAUCAGGGGCAAGCCCGACUACCCAACUCUCCAGAAGGCCAUCCAGGAGAUGGCCGUCAGAAACCCUGCUUUGCGGACUGCAUAUUUCGAGGGAGAUGACUUUGCCGUCCAAGAGCCCCUUGAAGAUUUUGAGCUCGGUGUUGACUUCCGCGAUUUGACCAAGGAAGCGGAUAUCGAAAGGGCUCUCGAGGAAUUUGUCAGGUAUAACCGCAAGAUUGAGAUGAAUGUUGAAGAAGGUGAAGUUGCUACUUACUCGCUUGCCAAGCUCAGUGAGGAGGAAUGGGCUGUGGUUGGCAUGACCCAUCAUAUUUCCAUUGACCGUGCUAGUUUGUUCCCGAUGAUGUCGCAGUUUGUCGGUAUCUACGACGCUCUGCGAACCGGUAGUGAUCUUGCAACCGUUUCUGCUCCCAAGUUCAACUACGUCGACUUUACGCUAUGGCACAACGCCCGUCUUGCGUCCAAUCUGAUGAAACCUGACCUUGACUGGUGGAGGACAACCCUCAAGGGCAUCCCCCAGUCUAGCAAGCUUCUCCCUUUCGCCAAGGGUGAACGCCCAGCAAGAAGUGAUCCUCUGCGCCAGAAAGUCAGAACAAACCUCAACGCCAAGUUAUUUGCUCGUAUGAAGCGAAUUGCUUCCCAGUCGAAUGGAACUCCAUUCCACUUCGUUUUUGCUGCUUUCCAAGCCUUCCUUUACAGAUACACCGAAGAUAAGGAUCUUGUACUUCUCAUGGUUGACGGAAACCGACCUCACCCCGAUACCGAACCCCUGAUGGGUUUCUUCGUCAAUCUUGCUCCUGUGAGAUGUAAUGAUGACUGUGAUGUUCCAUUCGAUCAAUUGUUCCAGGUUACCAAGUCUCGUGCUCUAGAUGCCAUGGCUCACAGCGGUGUUCCAUUUGAUACCAUAGUCGAUAUCAUGAAUGUCAAGAAGACGAACAGCCACAUGCCCGUGGGCCAAAUUGCCGUCAACUACCAGAUUCACGGCCCUGUUCCGACUUACACCACCUGCGACUUUGUUGUUGAAAACAUCGAAUCUGACGACAUUCCCACCGCCGCCGAUAUUCAACUUGAAGCCGUUGAGACUUCUGAGCAUAGCCUGGACCUCAAGAUCGAGUAUUCAACCGCUCUAUAUUACAAUCCCGACAUGGAGCGAUUCCUCGACAAUUUCAACACCUUCCUCGGUAGCUGUAUCAGGGACCACCGCCAACCCGUUGACGAAAUCAGCAUGUGUGGACCCCUCGAAAUCGAAUUUCUCAAAAAGAACUAUUGGAAUAUGGAGACUAAAGAAUGUCAGUGGGGGGAGCAGAGUGUACUCGAUGUAAUUACCAAGACGGCAAGACAACACCCUCAAACUGCAGCGAUAAACACCUCUGACUGCCGUAGCAUAACAUACAGGCAGCUGAUCGAAAGCGCGGAGAGCGUAGCCUCUGAGCUCCUCGAUUUUGGCGCACAACCCGGUGAUAAAAUCGGGCUGAUCGCUUUGCCCGGUGUUGAGGCGGUGACGGGCAUGCUCGCGGCCCUCAUGACGGGAUCGUGCUAUGUCGCGCUCGAUACCGAUUUCGCCCACGACCGCCUCUCGUUUAUGGUUUCUGACUCUGGUGCCAGGAUUCUUCUAACUGGCCCAGGCCAAGACGGCCUGGUCGCUGAAUUAUUGUCCAAGAUGGUAAUGGCCCCCAAGGUCAUUAGGAUCGAAGACGCUGCCGCUGCGGGCAGAACCAUUGCUCACCAGCGAGCACGACACCCCGAUGAUCCUUUUUAUAUGAUCUAUACCUCUGGAAGCACCGGCACCCCUAAAGGAGUCGUGCUGAAGGAGUCCAAUACUCAAGCCAUGUUGGCAACACUGAACAAAGACUAUGCCUUUUCACAGGAUGACAACUUUCUCGCACACACGACUACAUCAUUUGAUCUUUCUAUUGUUCAGAUCUUCGGUGGCCUAACAGCUGGCGCAACUGUUUCCGUUGCUUCAUGGGAAACACGCAAAGACCCCGUCGCGCUCGCUGAUUUCAUGAUGAGGGAGGGUGUUAGUGUCACAUAUUUCACCCCGACUCAAUUUGCACUGCUCAUGGAGUUCAACAGCGAGGCUCUUCGGAAAUGUUCCAAGUACAGAGUCGCCUACUUUGCUGGUGAGCGGUUACCUGUCCGUGUUGCCAAGGCAUUCUACGAUCUUGGAACGCCUGCCACUCUCUACAACACUUGGUCUCCUUCAGAACUCGUUGUACAGACGGCCAUAAGCAAGAUUGAUUAUCCUGGUGAGGGAGUUGUAAGUCUCCCCAUUGGAUAUCCCAUGGACAACUGCCGCCACUACCUCCUUGAUAUCAGAGGCAACCCUGUCCCGGCUGGUCAGAUUGGUGAACUGGUUGUAGGUGGAGUUCAAGUCGGUGCCGGAUACUUGAAUAGACCCGAAGCAAAUGCACAAUCAUUUGUUGAGGAUCCGUUUGCAUCCGAGGACGACCGCACGAGGGGAUGGAACAGAAUGUUCAAGACGGGAGACCGCGGCCGUUUCCGACCUGAUGGCCAACUGGAGUUCCACGGUCGAAUUGCAGGAGACAAGCAAAUCAAGCUCCGGGGCUUUAGGAUCGAUCUCGGUGAAGUGGAACAGGUAAUCUUCAAGGCGUCGCAGUCUUUGAAGAAAGCCGGUGCCCUUGUUGACAUUGCAGUUGUGGCUCGCACCGUGGACUCUGAUGAGCAGCAGCAACUCAUUGCCUACCUCGUUCCUAAAGCCAACAUCACCAAUGAGGCUGACAAGGUCGCCAUUAUUUCUCACUUGCACCGCAAGAUUAAGCCGCAUCUCAACUACUACAUGCUUCCCAACGGAUACCAGUUUCUGGCCAAGCUUCCAGUUACUCUCGGCGGCAAGGUCGAUCGCAGAAACCUUUUGGAGAGGCAGUUGGAACUCUUGUUUCCGUCAAGCAUCACCACACAGCCUGGCAGGAAUGGGCCGACCACAACGACAGCCUCAGACCAACGUACUGAAGAUCUGGAGGGAACCAUUCUUGCCCUUUUCAGGACUACACUUGGCGGAGAAAUCGAGUUGAACGAUUCAUUUUUCGAGAGAGGCGGCAACAGUAUCCUCCUCGUUCGACUGCAAGCCAAAGUGAAGAAGCAGUUCAAGAUUGCUCCUCCCUUGCCCGCUCUGAUACGCGAACCAACUGCGGCCGCCGUCUGUGCGUACUUGAGACGUGCAAAAGGCGGUGAUGGCGCUGGUAAGGGCGGGCUUGAGAGUGUCAUUAGCUGGAAUGUCGAGACCAAUCUACCCAACACCAGCCAGUAUAUACCACGAUAUGGUAUUCCUCGCAUCGAUCGCGAUGAACUCAAGUCUAUUCUCCUGACAGGGGCAGAAUCCUUCGUUGGAAUCCACCUGCUGGUGGAAAUUCUCCGAACCAAACGAGACGCCACAGUUCACGUCUUGGGAUCCAUGGAGAAGAUGGAGCCGCAGGCGCUCAUUGAUCUCCUCCAGAAACUCGACUUGCUUAAUGAAAAUCUGACCCUGGAUGAUAUCAGCGGCCGUGUCAAGUUUGUUCCAGGAUCAUUGAACCAGUCCAACUUUGGUCUCUCACGAUCUGCCUUUAGGGAACUCGGCCAGACGGUGCAAUCCAUCUACCACCUCGGAGGUCACGUCUCGCUGCUCAAAACAUACAGCUCUCUGAAGCCAAGCAAUGUUACGCCCAUAUUUGAUGUUAUCAAACUGUCGGGCCUUGGGUUCCAUCUCUCCGACAUCAACUACCUGUCCACGUGGUCCGUUGCCCAUCUCCAGACUUGGUCUGCAUCUAAGCGGACUCGCGAGGAUUACGCCAUUGGGGAAGAAGACAGUUCUCACUUUUCGCCCCCAACCGGAGACGAUUCUGGCUACUUCAAGACCCGAUGGGUAGCGGAGAACCUGCUGACCAAGGCUGCUCAAAGAGGAUUCCCCGUGACGAUUACCCGGGCUUCGGGUGUCACCGCCGCUGUUCGGGGUGCUGGCGUUCCCGACCCUGGUGAUGAGUUCAUCAUGCGCGUCGUCGCGAUCAUGAUUGAAUCGGGGACGGUGCCCCAGAUUGGCCGUGCCGAUCAGCCAAGUUUCGCCGUCGAUGUCGUGCCUGUGGACUGGCUCGCCUCCAACUUUUUCACGCUGACUUCCACGAAGGGGGCUCUCUCCCAUGUUCCCCCGUCUGAAAUAUACUCUGCUCCUCAAAUCUACCACAUUACCAACCCGUUACCGCUGCGCCUCAAAGACUUGCCCGGGAUCAUUGCCGAGCUCCGUUCGCAACAAACACGGCCUAGUCUGGUAUCGCUUGAUGAAUGGCUGAGCAGUAUGGAGUCGGCAGAGGGUGAGGAUGGAGCCGGCCAAGUUGUGAGAAGCGCUGUGCUCAAACAAUAUCUUUCUACGGGUGGUGUCAUGUUUAGUCUGGACAACCAGAAGACGAUGGAUAUCCUGGAUGUUCUUAACCCCGGUGCGGCUGCUGGCUGUCCAGCUGUUGAUGCUGAGUUUCUGAGGGCGUUGCUUAAAAGAUUCAAGGAAGGCUGA